GGGUCGCAGAUCCACUUGGUGGAGUCGGACCCGGCGCACUUCGCAGCGGGGCUGGUGGACACCUUCCUGCCCUACGACAGCCGGGAGCACCGGCGGGACGAGGAGCACGCCGAGCGGGUGACGGAGCUGCUGCGCUCCCGGGGGCUGCAGCCCCACGCCUGCCUCUCCUAUUGGGAUGACUGCGUGGUGCUGGCGGCCCUGGUGUGCGAGCGCUUGGGGCUGCGCUGCAGCCCGGUCCAUGCCGUCCGUGUGGCCAAACAGAAGAGCCGAACCCAUCAACACCUCCAGCGCUGCCGCCGCGGCCGCCCGCCUCCGGCCGCCUUCUCGGUGCCCUGCUGCCGCCUGCGGACCCAUGGGGACGUGGAACGGGCGGCGGCGUCCGUGCCCUUCCCAGCCGUGGCCAAACUGGAGUUCGGGGCCGGUGGGGUCGGGGUGAAGGUGGUGGAGAGCCUCGAGCAGUGCCAGGAGCACGCAGCGCGGCUGUGGCGAGACCUGCGGGACGAUGCCGAUCACCCCGGUAUCGGGUUGGGAUGGGGCAACGCGAUGCUGCUCAUGGAGUACGUGCCCGGUACCGAGCACGACGUGGACCUGGUGCUGUUCGAAGGGCGUUUGAUGGGAGCUUGGGUGUCCGACAACGGCCCCACUCGCUUGCCCGCAUGCCUGGAGACCGCUGCUUGCCUCCCGUCCUGCCUCCCCGCCGACCUGCAGGCUCAACUGGUGCGGGCAGCCCUGCAGUGCUGCCUGGCUUGCGGGCUCCGCGACGGCGUCUUCAACGUGGAGCUCAAACUGGGACCAGCGGGGCCCCGCUUACUGGAGAUCAACCCCCGCAUGGGGGGGUUCUACCUCCGCGACUGGAUCCAAGAGGUCUACGGCGCCGACCUGCUCCUAGCGGCCGUACUGGUGGCACUGGGGCUGCCGCCGGUGCUGCCCGCCCGCCCCGCUCCCCGCACGCACUUGGCCGGGGUGAUGUGCUUGGGGUCGGAGCACGGAGCCGCGCUCGGGGCCGGCGGGGGGAUGCGGGCGCUGCGGGAGCUGCAGAGCCGGGGGCUCGUCCGCCUCAACCGGCUCUUCGAGGAGACGGCGGCCGAUGGGGAGUACGAGGAGCCCUGCUUGAGCGUGGCGUGUGCGGGGCAGAGCAGAGCCGAGGCUUGCGGGCGGCUGCUGGGGCUCUGCCAGGCGCUGGGCAUCGAUUCCCCGCGGUACCCGGUGGAGCAUUUCCUGUCGCACUUCAAAUAGCGGCGGGG